AUGUUUAAGCUUCAUAAGCAUAAGCCUGGGAAAUUAGGUGAUAGAAUUGAGUUCAGAAUUUCGAAUCUAAAGGCACUUCAGGUACCAAAGGGCUGGGACAGGUUGUUUGUUUCAGUUGUAUCUGUGGAAAAUGGUAAAACGCUUGCAAAGACUAGCAAAGUGGCGGUGCGUAAUGGAAGUUGUCAGUGGUCUGAUACUUUAUCAGAAUCUAUAUGGGUUUCUAGAGAUACGUCGUCCAAGGAGAAGGAUGAUUGUCUCUUCAAGCUUAUUGUUGCAAUGGGAUCAUUAAGAUCUGGCAUCCUGGGAGAGGUCACAAUUAGUAUGACCAGCUAUGUGAAUUCAGAUGCUGCUGUUCCACUUUCAAUCCCUCUAAAUAAGUGCAACCAUGGGACAGUUUUGAAUGUAACAAUGCAGUGCCUUACACCAAGAAUAAAACUGAGGGAUCAAGAAUCAAGCAAAGAAAAUUCUCAUUUGAAGGCUAUGAAUGAAAAUAAUCAUGAAGUAUCUGUCAAGUCAAAUGGAUCGGAUUGUUCAUAUGUACAGAGUGUUUCAUCUUCCUCUGUUGAUGACGUGGACUCUACCUUAUCGCCAGGAGAAGUUGAAACAAUGGCAACAAGUCUUUCUGGUUCUGUAUCAAAUUACAGCUAUAACUCAGCUGAGGAUUCCACAGGAAGGGGAAACUUCUCCCCAUGCAUCAGUGACGGGCAGAGUCCAACGGGAAGAAAAGAUUCAACCAGUUCCCAGAAAAGUGUAUCCCAUUACGAUUACCCUGUUAAUAACACUUCUCAGUCGAAUCGUUCAUCAUUUAGUUCCCAAAAUAUGCAAGACAUUGGUGCAUCAUCUUUUAAGACGACCCAUGGUUCUAACAACAGUCCUGAAGUUGCAGAAGACACGAGUGAAGAGCUACGGGCAGAAGCAAAGAUGUGGGAAAUGAACGCCAGAAAGCUAUUAGGGGACUUGGAGAUGUUGAAAACAGAAUUCUCAUAUCAGUCUAAAAAGAUGACAGGCCUGGAAACGGACCUUUCAACAGCAUAUGUAGAACGUGAUAGUUUGAAAAAAGAAGUUGAGCAGUUAACGUUUUCAUCAGGAGAUCCAAUAGUGAGACAAAACACUUUGGAAGAUUCAAUAUCUCAAAUUGAAUGCAUUCCAGAAAUUGAAAAUUCUCUAAAAGAUGAAUUAAAGUUUCAGAAAGAGUCCAAUGCCAACUUGUCUUUGCAACUAAAGAAGAGCCAAGAAGCAAAUGUGGAGCUCGUUGCUGUUCUCCAGGAGCUGGAAGAAACCAUAGAACAACAAAAACUUGAUAUAGAAAACCUUUCAUCAUUACCAUCAAAACUCAAAACUCUGGAAAAAUCUUUCCAGCUAAGUGAAGAAGGAAAUAGGAUCCUUAUGCAACAAAUAGAACAGCUAGAGGAAUCAAAGAAAAAUUUGAUGGCUGAGGUGCAAGAAUUGGAAGAAGCAUUGGAGAAUAAAAUUGAAGACAUUGAACAAGCAAAGAUUCAAAACAACAAAGCACUUUCAGAUAUUGAAAUGGAAUAUGAAAGCAAGUUAUAUGCUAAAGAGGAGGAAAUUUCAAGUUUGAAAGGAAGGCUGUUAGAAUCUGUCCCAGAAACCUUUAAUGCCAAGACUGUGUCCAGAGAUGCACCUGAUGCAGAUAUUUUGAAACAAAUCGAAGAACUGAAAGAGAAAGUUCAAGAACUUGAGAUGGACUGUAAUGAGCUGACAAAUGAAAACCUUGACCUUUUAUUCAAGCUAAAAGAAGCAAAGGCCUAUUCAAAAGAUGGAGGUGCAUCCAAAGAUCUUUUGUCAAACAUGCUUCACAGUCAAUCUUUUUCUAGCUCUGACUCUGAAGUAAGCAACAAAUUAUUUCGAAUAUUCCAUUCAGAAGAUAUGAUCCAGGAGGAAAAUGCUAAGAAGAUUAGUAAUGAUAGUCAUAUUUCAAUUCGAGAGCUUGAGACUUCCAAAUCACUAGAAGUCAGAAUCACAGAUCAGAAUAACAAAUUGACUAGUAAAACAUCUGAGAUGGAAAACCUGGAGGCUAGCUUAUCAAGUAAAGAAAAUGAGAUGCGGGUUCUUCAGAAGCUCCUGAGUGAGUUGGAAGCCAAGGUGUAUAAUCUUGAACAAGAGAAACUUCAAUUAGAGGAACACAUUGAGGACAGGAUAAAAGAAAGAACACAUGAAAUGAAUCUCCACAGAUCAGAUAUAGAACAAGAAAAUGGACAACUGUCAAUGCAGAUUUCUGUUUUAGAAGUACAAGUGGGUGACUUGACAAAUGAACAAGAGUCCCUAUUAUCAGAACUAGAGGGCACUAGAAAACAAGCUGCAAGGCUACAAGAGAAGAUUAUGGAGAUGCAGUCUGAGAUGGAUUCUUCCAUAGAAGAAAAUAAGCAGUUACAAAUUACCAUUGAAAAUCUUGAAGAAGAAUGCAAUUCAUUUGAGAAGCUAAAUGGAUACUUGAGGGAGCAAAAGUUGGAGUUAGAGGAGUAUUGCUCCCUUAUGGGAGAUAGGUUGAGGGAAUCAGGUGAAAGAUUUUCUGAUUGCUGUGGUAGAGUGGGACUCCUAGAAAAGAAAUUUUAUUUAAUGUUGGAAGAUAUCGCAUCUAAAGAAAAGGAUUUAACUUCAGAGCUGCAUGGUAUUUUGGAUGAAAAUAGGAAGCAUAUGGAGCACGAUCAAAGCUUAUUGAAUCAGAUGCAAAUUGAGAAGAUGGUGGAAAUUCAGAACCUUAAACUAGAAAUAGAGAAUCUUAGAUUGAAACUUUCAGCAGCCUAUGAUGAAAAAGAGAGAGUAGCUUCCAAUGCUUCGCUUGAAGUAUCCACAUUGCGUGCUGAUAAAGCCAAACUGGAAUCUGCUUUUGGAGAAGCUCAAUCUAAAUUGAUUUUAUCUAAGACUGAGGUGGAUGAACAUGAAAAGUUGUCAAAGCUGGUGGAGGACUACAAAUCAAAAGAACUGAAAUUCAAAAGCACUAUAAAUGCCCUUGAAUCCAAACUUAUAGUCACUGAAAGUGAAAGCCGGCAAUACAUGGAUGAAUCCAGAAAUUUGAAUGUUCGGUUGCAGCAAACAUGUCAAUUUGAGUUGGAGCACUGCAAGAAAACUAGAGCAUCCCUAGAAGAAAAGCUUGUGCAGUUAGAGAAUGACUUGAAUGCAAGAGAAGCAAGAUGUGUCCAAGAAAAAACUGAGUUACAGAGAAAAGUUCAGGCCCUUGAAGAAGAACUAAAACUGACUAAGGAGCAAAAGCGAAAUCAAGUUUCAAGGUUAAACAGGAAACCUGUUAACGAUGAUCAGAAGGCCUCAAAACAUAAUUCUAUGGUUAAGAAUACCAAUCAACUUCGCAGUAAUAGGAAAAAGCCAUCUUCAAAGAAUGACAUAGAAGUCCUGAAAGAUCAACAGGACCUUAAUUACAGCAGCAAACAUCAGACUGAGGUGGAAAGUGAUCAUGGACUUCUUGAUGUAAGUGUUGAUAUGGUUGAAGUAGAACCAGUAUCAAAGACUCAAUUGCUUGAGACUGAACUUGAAAAAGAACCCAGUGACAUAUAUGAAGUUCAACUUAACAGGUCGUCACCUAAAGGGCGAAACAACCAAGCAAAUGUCCCAGUAAAAUCAAUGGCUGAAGAAGAACUAGUGACCAGAGAGAAGUUUGAACGUACAAAAUCAAUGCUAGAAGAAGAGUUGAGAGAUAUUCAGGAUCGAUAUUUCCACAUGAGCCUUAAAUAUGCAGAGGUAGAAUCUCAGCGUGAAGAGCUAGUAAUGAAGCUCAAAGGGGCUAAGAGCAAAAAAUGGUGGCUCUCAUAA